CUUCCCCUCGAAGCAGCAACCCCCUUCCAUUCAUUCCCUCCCUGUUCUCUCCUCCCCACCCCUUUCCUCUGUCUCCCUCUCCCUUCCACCUAACCCCACCUUCACUCUCCUCUCCGAGGGGGGAGGGCUGGGGUGGGGAAAAGAAACCCCAAGCCCCAGCCCUGGGCAGAGAUGUCGAAGAAACGCAAAGCCCUGGAGGGUGGAGGAGGUGGAGGACAGUCCCCGCUCCCAGAGGAGGAACCCUCUGCCUGGUCUGGGGGCCGCGGCCGCGAGGAGCCAGCCAGCUGCCUUCCCUUCACACUUCAGAGUGGAAGCAAAGGACCUGCUUUGCUGACACUGAGAAGCAGGACAGACACCCGGGAGCAGAUGAGCAAUGACCCUGCAGAAAGCAACCUGGACUCCUGCAACGCAACAGGUUUGACAGAUGAAAAAGUGAAGGCAUAUCUUUCUCUUCACCCCCAGGUAUUAGAUGAAUUUGUAUCUGAAAGUGUUAGUGCAGAGACUGUAGAAAAAUGGCUGAAGAGGAAGAACAACAAACCAGAAGAUGAAUCGGCUCCUAAGGAAAUCAGCAGGUACCAGGAUACAAAUAUGCAGGGAGUUGUGUACGAGCUAAACAGCUAUAUAGAGCAACGUUUGGAUACAGGAGGAGACAACCAGCUACUUCUCUAUGAAUUGAGUAGCAUAAUUAAAAUAGCCACAAAAGCUGAUGGAUUUGCACUGUAUUUCCUUGGAGAGUGCAAUAAU